UGCACGGUUUUGGAAAGUGGAUCUAGAAUCUGCGCCCACAUAAACAGACAUGGAAGGCGCUUACAAGAAACAGCGGGUCUCGCCCGUCUUGAGACAAUCGCUGGCGGUCAGCGGGGUGGUGCUGUACAUGAUCGGCACGGGCGCCAACAUCGCCUUCCCGGGAGUGUUGCUGCAACAGUUGCGCGAACCUGACUCCGUGUUGCAACUCACCGACGAACAUGAAUCGUGGAUAGCAUCCAUCCUGGGCCUGGCCCUCAUCUCUGGGAUUGUAACCGCCCCCCUCUGCCUGCAGCGGCUGGGCAGAAGGCUCACCAACCAGCUCAGCACACUACCAUCACUGGGGGGAUGGGCGCUCAUGGUGGCGGCCACGGGGCCUACAGCGCUUCUCAUCAGCAGAACUCUUCAGGGAUUCGGAAUGGGACUUCAGGCGGCAUCAGCACCAGUCUCCAUCGCGGAAUACUCGUCGCCCAAGCUGCGUGGCGCGUUUCUCGCAACCAUCGCCUUCUCCUUCGCCACUGGCAUGCUGUUUGCUCAUGUCUUCGGUACCCUGCUCUACUGGAGGUCCGCUGCCAUCGCCUGUGGAAGCGUCUAUGCUGUAUCACUGAUACUGGUCUCUUUAUCACCUGAAACCCCGCCGUAUCUUGCCUCGAGAGGUAAAUUCAACCAAUGCAGGAAGAGCUUCCGCUGGCUCCGCGGACAUUACCGCGAUUCGGAGAAGGAACUCGAAGUCUUACUCAACAGCCAAAGGAUGGGCACCACUGAAACUACAGACGGAAAGACUAGACUACAAAUGUAUAUGGAAAUAGCGAGGAAGCCUGAGUUUUACAAGCCGACAGUCAUUAUGAUGUUCAUGUUUGUGCUCUUCCAGAUAUCUGGGAUGACUGUUGUACCGUCGUAUACUGUUCCUAUGAUGAAUGAAGUAACUGAUGGCGCGAUAGAAGCGAAUACAAGCAUGCUGAUGGUGGAUAUUGUGAGGUUCGUCACUUCGGUCAUGGCCUGCGUUGUUGUCAACAAGCUGGAUCGUCGCACAGUUCUGUUCAUCGGCGUCAUAGUUAGUGUCGUGUCUCUGUUCCUGACAGCUCUUUUACUUUAUCUUAGAGACUUCGGCUAUAUACCGGAAGAAUACAAAUGGAUACCAGUCAUACCAACUUUAACGUACAUAUUUGGGAAAACAUUAGGAAUUUUACCCAUUCCAUGGGCUAUAGCUGGUGAGAUCUUCCCGCUUGCCUAUAGGAGUUUAGGCGGUGGGAUUUCUGGCAUGUUCCUCUCCAUAAUGUUCUUUGUCGUGGUUAAGACUGCCCCGACAUCCUUCAAAGAGAUCGGCGUUAACGGUACAUUCCUGGUUUACGGCAUGUGCAUCGCAUUUUGCGGUGCUUUUCUGUACUUCCUUCUCCCAGAGACGAAAGGGAAGACGCUUUAUGAGAUAGAAUGCCACUUCAAGGGAAUAGACUCCAGGCUUCCAGAUGCCAGUGAGAAGGAUAAGAUGCUGGAACUGGAGACCCUGGAAGAGGGUUGAUGGGGCGGGCGACGGAAUAAGGAAAUGCUCUGCCGCUUCUUGCCGGCUCCGUAGAUAGGUCAAGAAUAAUGAUCUUGUGAUAUAUU